AUGACUCCGGGUGUAAUUGAUAAUUUUUCAAGAGCAGGAUUCGGCAUUGCUCACUUCACUCAAGCUAUGUGGGCCAAAACAACCCACAUAGGAUGUGCUCUGUCUAAAUCUAUCCCAACAUCAGAAAACGAUUUAGUAAGAUAUUACAUUGCUUGUAAUUAUGGACCAAAGGGAAAUAUGCAUGAACAAACUGUAUACGAAAGGGGAGAAGGGUGUUCCAAAUGUCCAGACGGUGUACCAUGCAAUGUGGAAUUUCCUGCACUAUGUGGAGAAGUCGAUGAAAGCCAAAUAUAUUCCAAGAUAUCUAGCGUUCAAGACAUUGUUAGUGCUGGAGUCACAGAUUCUGCUAGUUUUACGGUCGGUGCAAAUGACAAAACUAGUGUAACUGUUUUAGGUGAUACUGAAACCCAUUUUGCCUCUAAAGAUGCCGCUACAAAUGCAGUUACGAAAACUAUUAGUAAUGCAGUAACUACAGUAGUUGCAGGUCAACAUACUAAUAAAAAUCCAACGCAAGUAAAACUAAAUCCAACUACUACUAAAGUACCGAAAGUACGUAGAACCAAAAAAAAUUGUACCAAUUCCAGCACCAUCAACGUGGUUUCACUAAUGUUUAUCUUUACUAUUUAUUUGACGUUGUUAUUUCUUAUACAAUAA